AUGUUCUUACAGUGCAUGAGGAACGCCCUCGUGAGGGGGACCGCACAGCCAAGGCGGAAAGGAGCAAUAUUCGAUAUGCACACGAGAUAUAUGAAAAACAAAAGAAGAGGGCUGAAGGAGCAGCCGAGGAAGAAGCCAUUGGACAUAGAGAAGAAAAUAAGAAAUCCAGACAAAUAUGAAGAAAAAAUGCAUUUCGAUAAUUUAACCAAGGGAGAGUUAUACGUGCCCGAGUCGUGCAAAGCCAAAAAACUAGCCAUGCUGUGUAAUCGGCUGUUCUAUUUUGAUAUAAAUGAUGAAGAGUUGCUGGAUAGAUAUGCACAAAGAGCUAUCGUAAUUGUUAACAGUAUGAGUACAAAAGAAAUUUCCCUAAUAUUAAAUACGAUGAGGAAAUUUAAUCACAAAAAUGAGAAACUGUUGGAAACGUUCGCAAAGCAUAUCCCCCGAAAGUUACACAAAGGAGUACCCCAAGAUAUUUCCCUCAUAUUAAAUGCGUAUGCCCAUUUUAAUUUUAUCGAUAAUAAUUUGUUCAGCAGAAUAUGUGAAGAGAUUCCUCACAAAAUUACGUACUUUCAACCUUUUCACAUUUCCAGUGUUGUUAAUGCUUUUUACAAGCUUAAGAUAAAAGACAGGAUAAUUAUUGACGACCUGGUGGAUGAGACAAUUGAACGAAUCGACGAAUUUGAUGCGAAAUCUCUCACCAACAUUAUAAAUUCUUUUUCAAAGCUGAAUUAUCAAAAUGAAAAUAAGAAAACGAUAUGGGGGAAAUUUAUCCAAGGGGUGAAAAAUCUACGUAAAGAUUUUAACUUUCUCGAAAUUGCUCUCAUUACAAAUGCCUUUUGUAAAAAAAAAUUCAAAAAUGAAAAAGUCUAUCAUUUGUUAAGCGAAAUAUUGAGUAGUCACAUUUUUGAGAUGAAAUCUGUAAAUGAAAGUAACUCCUUUUUACUAUGCACCAUUGCACAUGCAUUCGCUAAGGUCAAAUUUUAUGACAAGGAUUUAUUUCAUCAUAUCUUUUCCCAUUUUUCCAAUGAAAAUAAUUACGCUUCUUUGGACAGUCAACACUUCGCGCAACUGAUUUAUUCGUGCGCUGUGUUUAAACAGAACGACCAGUUAUUCCUCGAUACGUAUACCAAGAUGGUUUGCAAAAGUUUGGAAAAGAAAAAUAACGAGUUAAACGAACAAGCCUUGUCUACCAUAGCGUAUGCCUACGCCAAGUUAAAAAUCCGAGAUGCCAACUUUUUCGUUCAGCUAUCUUCCUACAUCAUUAAGGAAAAAAUUUGUUUAUCUCCCCAAAGUUUAAGCCUAAUUUGUUACAGUUUCUCCAAGCUGAAAAUAAAAUCGCAAAUGUUGUUUUAUUUUUUGUCUAUGCAGAUUUUUCAAAACAUGAAUUUAUUUAGCAAACAAGGUUUAUCCCUCAUUCUGUCUGCCUAUGCAAAUUUACAAAUUUUUCACUUGAAAAUGUUUUCCCUUAUUAAUAAGUAUUUAAAUCUCUAUGUGGACAAUUUUACGCACGAGGAGUGCGUGCUGAUCGGUGGGCACUACCAACACGCGGUUAAGUGUAUGACUGAUGAGGUAGAAGGGGUGGGGAAUUCGCAGCCGGUGGGAUCCCCGUCUUCCCUUAUCGCAACGUCCAACACGAAAAAGGAGUUAGAAAACUUCAUCCACCUGUUGAAGGACAAAAUUGGGCAAUUUCAGAGGGAGGAGGAACAGAGAAAGGGAAAGGAACCCAUCGGCAGUUAUCACCAAGACGGUUCAAAACUGAACGAGGGUGAAGAAGCGGAGGAGGACGACGAAGACAGCUUCUUCUCCAUUUUUAAUCAAAGUGAUAUCAUAAAUGAGGACCCGCCGGACCACUCAGGAAAAACUACUAAUGCUGUAGAAUCACACUCGGAUGUCUCCCCAAACGAACUAACCAAUAACAAAGCAACAUUUAAGGAUGAGGAGAAUCCGUUGUGCAAUCCGGAUGAUCCCUUCAGUCAACAGUCGUCAGAUCGCAUUGAAGACAUGAAGAAAAAAGAAGAAGAUGCGCUCAAAAUAUACAAAAAAAUGUUCCUAACGGAUAUGGAAAGUAACACCCACACGAAGGGGAAGAUGCCACUAAUUAACGAGAAGCUUAAUGAGCGUCUGCGUACCAUCCUGAGCAAACAGAACGUUACACGAGGGGAUGCUAAUACAAAAGACGUUAAAAAGACGAUGGAGAAAACCACGAAAAGUUUGCUCCAGUUAAUGACGUCCAACAAACCACCAAAAAUAAAUUACGAAAAGGAAAAUUUCAUAAAAUCCGCUGAGCAGGUGGAAUCCGAAUUUAUAAAGGCCUACGUAAGCGAACAGCAGGAACAGUGUGAUGAUGACAAAGAUGGCAGUGCAAAAAGGAGAAAGGGGCGAAGAGGAAGGAAAAAACAAAUUCAAAAUAUGCUAUCCAGGAAAUACCAACCCGCUGAUGAUCUCCCAACAUUGCAGAAAAAAUGGAACGAUCUUUACAAUCCCUCACCUUGA